GCUAGAUUUACCGUGUAAUGCUUGAUAAUUUAUAAUAAACUGUUUUAGAAAGUGUACUCAAUGGAGCCGGAUGAGUUGGAAUUUAUUGGUGAAAACUCGACUAUCGGUAUUAUUCCCAAUUUCAACCAUGAUCCGAUAUAUCUCAUAUCUGGUGCGGUUGGUCCCUUUCGGGGUGGACAUCCGAUACACAUCCCACUAUGGUUGGCAAUUCAUCUGAGACAGCAGCAAAAGUGCCGUAUAGUGCCACCUGAGUGGAUGGAUCCAAGGCUACUGGAAGACAUAAAAGAGGAAGAGAAGCGGACUAGGAAUUUUACCAAAAUGCCCAGCGAACACUAUAUGGUGGAGGCGAAGCUAGUACUCAACACCGCCCCAGAGGAUGUCCCCCAGUCAGAUGAAAUCAAAACCCUUAUAAAGGACAUUUGGGAUACUAGGUGUGCCAAACUGCGAACGACGACCGAUGUAUUCCUGAAGGGCGAAGGAGAAAUGAUAAAGCUGGAUAAUGUAACCAUAGUAGAGCUACACACUAUCAGAACUUUUCUUCUGCAUUCGAUGGAUCUACUCUCGCGGAUACAGCAGGCCAAAAAGGGGUCUGGCGGAAACAUGUCCUUACCAAAUCAGACCCUGAUGAUGAGCAGUAUGAGUGGGUCACAUUCACGACACUCACAGUAGGACUCAGAAGCGUUCGCUUUACCUGAAGUCCUAUUUACGGUUUACUUUUUCUUAAAGGCAAUCGAUAUUUAUGUAGUCUAUUAAUCAAUCGUUACAAAUAAAAAAAAAACUAGCCCAUGAUCAA